AUGGGGGCCUCGGAGUCAAAGCUUGUCUUCAAGCAGGGCAUCUUCCGCCUGUCGGAGGAGAAGGAGAUCCCCGCAGAUGACCCCUACUGGACGCGAUUCUGGGAACUCCCCGAAUCUACAGAGGAUGUCUUCAGCUUAUUUACGCCGGCUGACAUCCGCCGAACGCGCGAUCAUGCCUUAUCCAACUUCGAAACCCUGUUACUAUCAGUCUCGUCUCGACUCGUAGUCCUCAAGAAUCAUCCCUCGUUUCCGGACCCAGACCUCGCCCCCGAGCGCGAUGUACUCAACUGCAUUCGUAUCCUCACUCGCCUUCUCCCCUUUGUCUACGAAGCCGAACACCUGGAGGACUGGGAAGAGAAGUUCUUCUGGGCGCGUCGCAAGAAGAAGACCAGAGAAGCACAAAUUGCCGGAGAAGUCCUGUUCGAUGAGGCGCAGCUGGAUCAGCAAAAGGGGCAGUCCCCACGCGCAGAGGAAUAUGAGGACGUGAAGCCUCUGGCGGAGGAGCUGAUCGAUACUCUGCUUGACCUCCUGUUCUUCGCAGGCUUCACUAUCCCGGUCCUCCCGACUGCGAAGAGCAAGAUUUCAUACUCGAUCUGGCAGAGUGGUGUUGGCUGCAACACAGCGAUGGGAUCCAACAAGACUUUGGAAAACAACCGUUGUGAGGUUCUGCGACUAUUGUUGACCAUGACUGGAAAGGCAAUGUAUCUGCCAUCGAACACACUCCCCGUACAAGGUGUCAAGGCAAUUACCUAUAUCACCACUUGCCAAGAUAAGCAAUCCGUGUUGACGCUACUGUGUUCCCUUCUGAAUACGGCCAUGAAAUAUAACCCUGCAGCAUGGCAUGUUCCCUACGACCAUGUCGUGUGGAAAGAUCCCAAGCAAAUCCUGGUGAUCUAUUGCUUGCAGCUUCUCCUCGUUCUCCUCUUGUAUCCCAUCCCGGAAGAUGGCCGUGGUGCUCCGCCAAAGAACUACUAUCGUCACUACUUUGGAAGGUUGCACAGGCCCCAAGACUUCCAAUUCCUUGUGGAUGGUAUGGCGAGGAUUCUGAAUCAGCCUAUGCAAGCUACGACUUCAUAUCUCCCUGGGAGUCAACGAUCUGUGAAAUGGGCCCCCGAGAUUUUGAUUCUGUUCUGGGAGACCUUGCAAUGCAACAAGCGGUUCCGAUCCUUCAUCAUCGAUUCCAAUCGCUCACAUGACUUUUUGAUUCUGUGCAUCUUCUAUGCUAUGGAAUACAGGACUGAGCCGUCGAAGCAAGGAGUCGUGCGACUCUGUAUCUUCAUUCUCCAAACGAUGAGUGCCGAACCAAACUUCGGAAAGAGCCUGAACAUGAAGUUCGAGGCACAAGAAACCCUGCCGCAAUCUAUCCGGCUUAUGAAGUUCCGCGGCACUUAUGCCGACUAUCUUAUCAUGUCAAUCCAAACCCUCAUGACUACCAGCAAAGGAAAUCUGGACACAGUCUACCCUGCGCUACUUAUCAUCCUCAACAAUGUUGCCUCUCAUAUCAAGCAUAUUUCCCCGAGCGCCUCUUCUAAGGUCAUUCAACUUUUCUCUUCAAUGUCUGCGCCAAGUUUCCUGCUCGCCAAUGACUCCAACCAUACACUUCUUGCAUCCCUGCUUGACUUUAUCAAUGCGAUUGUUGAGCAUGGCUUCAAUGAAAACCCAUACCUCGUUUAUGCGAUUCUGAAAUAUAAGGAUCGAUUCGAAGCCGUCCGAGCAUUCACCCUCGAAAGCGGGCAGCAAGAAAUCGAACGCCAGAGAGAAAAGCGCAAAGCUGGAGACUCUUCGGGCGACCUGGUUACGAGUCCCACGCUUUCUCACUCCGAGGAAGACCUUCAUGCCCCUUCGGGUGCUAGAUCGCCCCUUACACGUAUCCCUGAAGAGAACAGCGCAUUUGCUAUUGGUGAUGACGAUUCCGACGAUGAGGCAGAAGGAGGAGGCCCACGGACGCCUUCCCAAUCUUCACCGUCCGCUCAGACAUCACGUAGGCCCUCGUUCGCGUCGACAACGGAUGAGACCAGCUCUCAAAUCAGGGGCAUCUCCGAGAAAGCACGUGGUAAACUACCAGCUGGAAGACCGUCAGUCUCGCGACAGAAUAGCAUGACUAGCCAGACCAGUAUGUCUGCGUUGUUCUCCGCAUCAUCUACUGGUUUCGUCCCGACCGUGGCUUGGCUUGAGUCCUGGUUGCCAGAGCUUCCUCUUCACACGAUUAUUACUCUCAUUUCUGCCAUUGCGUCACACAUUCCCGACGCAGCCCUUCAAGCCACCUCUAGCCCAGAGGCUCGUACUCUGAUCCACAACCUGCCGUCUUUUGCUGAGGAGCCCCAAAUCACAAGCAUCAUCUCGGAGCCUACGCCAGUACGUGCACAAUCUUUCGAAUGGUCGGCCCUUUCGAUGGGCUGGUACGAAUCCCUGCUCUGGGGCUUCAUCUUCUCCAGCGAGAUGGUCGUGGGUUCUGCUGCGGGCGCCACCCCAGGCACUGUCGGUGUAUGGAAUGGCACUGCCAUUCGACUGUUCAGAGUGCAAGAAGCUGCCGCUCAAGGGCCCACCUUGCUUGCCCCGAAGGGUGCCGUAGAUGCCGUGGGCAGCAAUUUGGUCCAACGCAUUGGGAAUCUCAGCCUCCGCGGCCGCAACUCUGUGUCCCAGGAAUCCGGUAGUGGUGGUUCUCCAAGCGUAAGGGAAGUUUGA